AUGUCCAUGUACGGCAGGUACUACAGGCCUGCACUGAAGAACAGCGUCGAUGUUCAACUGCAGACCGCCUUUAACGAGGGUCUCUGGUCCAACGUUGCCCGCCUCGCCGCCCAGCGGUUCAAGGCCAAGAAGGACCCAUACUAUGAGGCGAUACGGAUCUGCGCAGAGUCCCAGUUGGACACGGUGACGGAGAAAUCCGCUGUCGUGUUCGCCGUCGACGCCCUGGCCAGGGACAAGAACGCCGUACCGGACUUUGACUCCAUCGAGCUGUAUGAGUGGGCGCUCAGGGAGGCUGCACCGCCGCUCGACUACGCGCAGUCGAUUGGUGUCCUCCGGGCGAAGUGGGCCAAGGCAAACCCGUCCAGCCCCAACGUGGUCGAGUGCCUCAAGGCGUGUGUGCUUGCGUGGGACCUAGUAAACGCCCAGCAGAUCGCCGCCACAUUAGACAAGGGCCAGCCGGGGAAGAACAACGGCAAAAACACAUUCUGGAGCAUCACGCUAACCCACCUCCUCUCUACUAGCCCACAAUGCCCAGAAAACAUGAAGGUCAUGUUCGGCAAGUUGUCGCGCAUGCAGCUUGAGAAGGCGGCCACCAACGCUGCUGACGCCAAGGCCGCAGGCCGCGCUCUCCGGGAGGAGGAGGAGAUCAACCUCUACUACCACGUGGCCGGCAAGGAUGCGUACCUGAAGUCACUUUCAGCGGAGGCAAAUCCAAUUGGGGUUCUCGAGCAGUUCAAGCAGGGCCGGAAGCACCUGCUCCAGCAGUGCCUGGAGACCCUGCAGGAGGCUGGGGACUGGGAGACCAUCUACAGCACGUGCCGGCAGGCGUUGAGCAAAGAGGACGACAAUGGGAAGCCAUCGUUCCUCGCUCUUGACAUGCGAAUAUGGAAACUAUUCGUCAAGUCCGCGGGCACGAAAGGAGACGUCGAAGCUGCUUUCACGGAGGUUCAGGAGGUGCUGCAGAAGUUCGUCUCGGUCCAACAAGGCGUGGCACCAAUGUACAAGAAAAACAUCGGCCUGGCGCUCCUGGAACUGGCCUUCAGCUCACCCACCAGUCUCCUGCCCCCGAGCCUCGACCCGAGCAAGCCAUCGCACCGGGUAAUCCAGUUGUACCUUUUCAUCGAACAGAACCUGCUCCAGCGCGCCACUUUCGACGACGUGAAGGAGUAUGUGUCUCAGCUUACCUUUGAAGAAGCCAAACACUUCCUUGGAAACCUGAGAAAUAUAGUAGCCGGAAAGACCCCAGAUGCUCAGAGACAGCUGGUUUCCCGCGUUCUCGAGAUCAAGUUCAGGUACUUCCUGACCACAUGCCCUCUGACGCAGGAGUACAUCGCCGUCGUGGCGGAGGCCGGCGACUCGCAGCUCAAGUGCAAGCUCUGCUCCUCCACCACCACCACCAAGAACUGCACCUCGUGCCUGGAGGGCGUGGCCACCACAGCACUCUCCACCUACCAAGGCCUCGGCAGGACGCCCGAGGCCCUCAAAGGGCUCGACAAAGACCCGCACGUCGACCUCGCACUUGUCGCAGCAUCAGCCCUCCUCAAACUAAGCGGCCUGCGCCAGUCCCCUUCGCCCAGCAGGCUGCUGCCCCUGAGCACUGUCGACGCCUCGAGGCUCCUCCAGGCGGCCGUGGUCCUGGCGGCGCAGCUGUCCAAGACGCCCAACGAGAUCCCGCUGCGCCUGCUCCUCGUGCAGGUGUACCUCCUCCUCGGCUGCGGCUCGCUGGCGCACGCGACCUGGGUGCCCAUGGACGUUAAGCGCACGAUCCAGGACGCGCUCAGCCCGCUGUUCUUCGACCGGCUGUCGGGCCUCUCGCCGGGGCUAUUCCAGCACUCCGGGCCGGGUAGACAGGCCCUCACCGAGCCGCUGGCCUCGUACUACUCGGGCUGCCUGCGGGAGAGGUCGCCCGUCAAGAUCUGGGACGCCUUCGCGGCGGGGAGCUACACGUCGAUCCUGGGAAUGGCGGCGUACUCGGAUCGGCUGCGGCGGAGCUGCACGCUGGUUAUGAGUGUUGUUGAGGAGAGGAGGGCGGCUCGGGCGUUGGGUAGCAAGAUCGAGGGCGGGAUCGAGCAGUCCCCUCUGCUUGCACACAUCACGGAAGACACAACAUUCGUCAACGCCAUCGACUACGGCUCCUUCCCGAGCCUGGAGAGCUCACACACUGCACCUCUCCACGACAUAGUCAGGCUCGGCCCAGCCCUCUCAGACGAGCGCUGCCGCCUCGCCCUCCUAACAGAACAGUUCCUAGACGUGGUAACCCACAAGCCCUCAAAGGACUACAAGCCCACAAAGGCCAACGAAGCAGCCGCCCGCGACAAGGCCUACCAGAUAGAGACAUACGCCCGCCUCGCAGAGUCCAUGUCGACCCUCCUCCACCGCCCCUCCACGCCCGCCCAGCUCACCCCGGCGGAGCACAAGUACCACACGGCCGUCGCCCUCCUCGCGGCGCUCGCGCGCACCGCCCUCGACACCCCCAAGUCCGCGAGCACGCCCGCCCCGGCCGCCUUCUCCACCGCCGCGGAAGGGGUGCGUGCCUCGCUCGAGGCGCUGCGCGCGGGGGCGUUUGACGUCCCGCCGCGGAUGGCUGCCCUCCCCGGCGGCGAGGGCGACGUCUUCCACCACCUGACGGCACCCCUGUCGCUGUCCCUCCUGCGCGACGCCGCGCUGGCGGCGAGGUGGGCCGCCGGGUCGCUGGUGGCGUUCCACGGGGAGCAGGGCGCGCGGGACAGGUCGGGCAAGAGCGGGCUGCACAAGGACGUGCUCGCCGAGGCGAAGGGGCUGGACGAGGUCGCGGGUAAGUUGCUGGGGUCCGUGAGGGCGCGGGUGAAGGGGCUCAAGGAGGUCCUCGGGCUCGGCGGCUGGCUUGACCGGAUGGAGGGGUGGGCGUUCGGGGAGGAUGAGCUUUCCGGUCUGGUUCGGGAUGUUGUUGGUGAGGCGAAUGUUGAGGAGUGGGGUGGUCGGGUCGUUGAGAGCUGGAGGGAGGGCGUGAAGGGGCUGGGGAUGGUCAAGAUGGAGUGA